AUGAGUGGGAAUCCCGAGAAUACCAGUGCCAAUUCCAAUGCAAGUACUACUACCAAUACAAAUUCCAAUAAUAACAGUACAAAUACAAACGGUAGUACAAAUGCUAUAACGUCAACCCCCCAUUCUCCAUCAAGAUCAACUCGUAAUAUAUCCCCUUCAAGACUACAACCAGAGAAUUCCAAAGCUCUACCCUCCACAUCUCCCAGACGUCGCAAUAUUGGGAAAUCCAUCUUUAGUGAUCGUUAUAUACCAAAUAGAACCGGGGUAGAUUUACAAGCUGCUUUUAGUUUAUCUAAUCAGGACGUUGUCCCGGAUUUACGACGAGAAAAUAACUCAACGUCAAUUGUAAAUACCGACGUUAAUGGCGUUGAUAACGAGAUUGAAAUAAGAAAAGAAGAAGAAGCCAAUCGAACGUUCCUGUCAGUUUUGAAAGCAGAGCUUUUCGGCGACCAAGUCCCCAAUAUCACUGCUGAUUUAUCCAAAAAUAGGUCAUCAAGAAACACUCCUAAUCGUACUACUACUGCAACGACUAAUACUAAUACCAAUACUAAUACUAAUACCAAUACUAAUAAUAAUAAUACAUCUCCAACAAACACACCUAAUGAUGACCACAAUCUAAGAACAACUCCACCAAGAUCGACAAUCAAUUCUCAAGCCAAUGAUUCAAAUAUAACUUCCACUCCAAGACAAAGCGCCAAUCUAUUCACCUACCAAUCCCCCAAUAAACCUAGACCAAUAUCAAGAGAUUUACAAAAUGAAUUAUAUUCUUUAUCACCAGUUAGACAAGAACUGCAAAAAUUAUUAUUAAGCCCCCAGAAAAAACCCAGGAAAAUAUCAAAAGUUCCUUAUAGAGUGCUUGAUGCUCCCGAAUUAUCUGAUGAUUUUUAUCUUAAUCUAGUUGAUUGGGGCCAACAAGAUAUUUUAGCAGUUGGUUUGGGUGAUUCAGUUUACUUAUGGGAUGGUUCUACUCAAUCAGUCGAUCGAUUAUGUAAUUUGGAUAAUAAAGAUAAAGUAACUAGUCUCAAUUGGAUUGGAUCAGGUACGCAUUUGGCAAUUGGUACUCUGAAAGGUUUAGUUGAAAUAUGGGAUGCAAAUAAAAUCAAAUGUGUUCGUACAAUGACGGGUCAUUCUUUAAGAGUUAGUUCUUUAGCUUGGAAUGAACAUAUAUUAUCAAGUGGUUCAAGAGAUCGGUCAAUUUUAAAUCGGGAUGUUAGAAUCGAAGAUCAUUAUAUUAAUAAAUUAGAAUCUCAUCGUCAAGAAGUUUGUGGCUUGAAAUGGAAUAUUGAAGAAAAUAAAUUAGCCAGUGGUGGUAAUGAUAAUAAAUUAUUCAUUUGGGAUGGGUUAAAUACAAAGCCUCUACAUACUUUCACCGAUCAUUCAGCUGCAGUUAAAGCAAUUAGUUGGUCCCCGCAUCAAAGAGGUAUUUUAGCCAGUGGUGGUGGAACUGCCGACAAGACAAUUAAAACUUGGAAUACUUUAACUGGUCAAUUAUUGAAUAACGUUAAUACUGGUUCUCAAGUUUGUAAUUUAAUCUGGCUGAAAAAUUCAAAUGAAUUGGUAAGUACUCAUGGUUACUCUAGAAAUCAAAUAAUCGUUUGGAAAUAUCCUUCAAUGCAACAAAUUGCUCAAUUGACUGGUCAUACUUAUAGAGUGCUUUAUCUAUCUUUAUCUCCAGAUGGUGAAACAAUUGUCACCGGUGCUGGUGAUGAAACCUUAAGAUUCUGGAACGUUUUUGAAAAAAAUAAACAUGAUGAUCCUCCUUCUUCAGUUUUACUAGAUGCUUUUCUGCAACUAAGAUAA